AUGGACUUCGUGUACCCUCGCCCGGGCGCGGGCUACCGGGGCCCCCCCCUGGAGCCAGGCCCAGGGGCGGGGCACCAUGGCGAGCGCCUGGUGGCCGGGCCUUCACCCAUGGGGCCCGGCCGGGCCCAGCCCGAAGAGGUUACAUGGGUCCCCCUUCGCACGGGCCCACCACCCGUGGGAGGGGCCAUAGGGGUCGGGUGCAGUGUGCCCUGGGCGGCGGCCGGAAAGCUGGCUCUAGGGACGUGGAACGUCACCUCUCCGGCGGGGAAGGAGCCUGAGUUAGUGUGCGAGGCGGAGAGAUUCCGGCUGGACAUCGUCGGUCUCGCCUCGACACACAGCUCUGGCUCUGGAACCAGCCUUCUCGAGAGGGGUUGGACGCUCUGCUACUCUGGAGUUGCCCCCGUGGCUGUAGCAGACAGAUAA